UUGAGUUUUAGAGGCGACACGGCGGCUUCAGCCGAUUUCUUCCCCUUCCUUUGCCUCCCCAUGGAUAUGCACUGCAAAGCAGACCCCUUCUCAGCAAUGCACCCAGGGCACGGGGGUGUGAACCAGCUCGGGGGGGUGUUUGUGAACGGCAGGCCCCUACCUGACGUGGUGAGACAAAGGAUAGUGGAGCUGGCUCACCAGGGGGUGCGACCCUGUGACAUUUCCAGGCAGCUGCGGGUCAGCCACGGUUGUGUCAGCAAGAUCUUGGGCAGGUAUUACGAGACGGGAAGCAUCAAGCCCGGCGUGAUCGGAGGCUCCAAACCCAAAGUGGCCACCCCCAAAGUAGUGGAUAAAAUCGCCGAGUACAAAAGACAAAACCCGACAAUGUUCGCCUGGGAGAUCCGGGACAGGUUAUUGGCCGAGGGCAUCUGCGACAACGACACGGUCCCCAGCGUCUCCUCCAUAAACAGGAUCAUCAGAACCAAAGUUCAGCAACCUUUUCACCCAACACCAGAUGGGAGUGGGACAGGUGUGACUGCACCAGGACAUACUAUUGUGCCCAGCACAGCAUCCCCUCCUGUCUCCAGUGCCUCCAAUGAUCCAGUGGGCUCUUACUCCAUUAACGGGAUCCUGGGGAUUCCUCGGUCGAAUGGCGAGAAGAGGAAACGUGAUGAAGAUGUAUCCGAGGGCUCAGUUCCCAAUGGAGAUUCCCAGAGCAGCGUGGACAGUUUGCGGAAGCACCUUCGUGGCGACACUUUCACCCAGCAGCAGCUGGAAGCUUUAGAUCGAGUGUUUGAGCGUCCUUCUUACCCUGACGUCUUUCAAACAUCAGAGCACAUCAAAUCUGAGCAGGGUAAUGAGUACUCCCUCCCAGCUCUGACCCCUGGUCUCGAUGAAGUCAAAUCAAGUCUAUCCACCUCUGCUAACCCAGACCUGGGGACAAAUGUGUCAGGACCCCAGACGUACCCUGUGGUGACCGGUCGUGAUAUGGCAAGCACCACCUUGCCUGGCUACCCACCCCAUGUUCCCCCAACCGGACAAGGCAGCUACCCAACAUCAACUCUUGCAGGAAUGGUUCCUGGGAGCGAGUUCUCAGGGAAUCCCUACAGCCACCCUCAGUACACGACCUACAACGAGGCCUGGCGGUUCAGCAACCCUGCAUUACUAAGUUCCCCUUAUUAUUAUAGUGCCACAUCCCGGGGCUCCGCACCUCCCACUGCUGCCGCUGCCUAUGACCGCCACUAG